CCCAGCUUCAGAAACUAUGCAUAUGACCCCAAAUUUACAAGUGCUGGGAGGGGUGGUAUGAGAAGAGAUUGGUCAAUAGUUUAUGUGCAACAGUUUUGCAGACAAAGCAGAAGAAGUAAUGAGGAUCCAAUGCCUUGCACAGAGGGGAAACCUAGCUAAAAGGUAGUCAGCAUCCUACAGAGAGGAGAGAAGCAGGACACGUUACUAUAAACCACUUUAUACUGCUUAUGUAGGCAGAGGUAUGUGCUCCGUUUAUUAUACAGAUUCAUAUACAAGCAUGAAUGUUAUAGUCAUAAAAUUUAAGAUCCAUGGAUUAUAGAUGUUUAAUUGACUGCAUCUAUUAGGGGUUAAAACACCAGGCUAGGUAAUGCAUGAUCACUGCUAUACAAAUCCAAAAACAACAGCACAUUGCCCUGUACUUCAAUCUACUAGUAAAUGGUCUAUUAAUCAGAGAAGUCCAUAAAAUUUGAACAGGCUUCAUACAUAGGGGAAAAACUGGAGUAGUGAUAUUUAUAGGAGAAUGAUGUGACUGCAGAUGGCAGUAAGAUGGUAUGGUGUCAUUACCAUCAAAAUAUUAUGGGUCAAAAUACCCCAGCUGGGGGAAACAAUGACAUUUUUAGUGAGUAAACCCUCUAUUAAUACCCAGAUCAAACAAGUAGUGGUUCAACAUGAUCACAACUCCAGGGUAUGUUCUAUACCAGGGGUGCCCAAAAGGUAGAUCCCCAGAUAUUGUAGAACUACAACUCCCAUGAUGCUUUGCAUGCCUUUAGAAUGACAAAGCAUCAUGGAAGUUGUAGUUUUAAAAUAUUUGAGAAUCUACCUUUUGGGCACCCCGUCCUAUACGAACUCAUUGAAUUCACUGGCACACGUUUGGUUUGUGUGCACAGCAUUGAGUCAAUGAAGCACUACAUUAAGCACAUUAAUUUAAUAUCUAUGUAUUCCUUUUCUGCAGAUAAUAUGGUUUUCUGAUUAAUUUGAUAUAUUUAGGAUUUAUCUGUGAUUGUCCACUCUCCCUCCUCCCCACACUAAGGCCUAGUCCUGUGAAUUCUUUAUAAAAUGCCAUAUAAGGCCCUGUCCUGGUAUAUUUCUGGACAACACUGACCUGUGGGAAAAUAUAUCUGUGGGAAAAUUUUGUGCCCAAGGAUGAACUGGUUAACGGGAGACAUGGUUUUAUUAAGUGUCUUAUCUUUCAUAGUAACUUCGAGUAGGUUUAUAGUAACCGGCGCUUGUGCAGCACCCAGAUAACGAAGAAGAGGCCACUUUGUAUAAUGGUGCUGGGUAUCUAUUCGCCACACUAAAUAAUGAUAUGGAAUAGUUUAUACAUUAACGACCAACUAAGCUUUAGGAUACAGCAAGUUAAAAUCUUGGAAUUUAUAACAAAGCAGGUUACAGUACUUUAAUAGUAUAAACUACUGUAUAUAGUGGCAUUGAGAUUAACGACUGCUUAUUAUGUACAAAUUAAUAUUGAACACAGUUUAUUGCACAGUGAAAUACAAUAUAAUUAAGUGUUCUCAAUAGCGGUACAAUUUCUGCAGAACAAAGCUAAGCAUUUUCUUUAAGGAUUCUGAUGCACACAAUGUAUAUACUGAUAAUACACCACACUGUAGUCUACAUAUGUAUAUUUGACAUCCUGUCCUUUGUAACAUAAACGCAUUAUCUCCAGUCUGAUUCUCAGGCUCAAUCAAGACAACAACAAAAUCCCAUUGUAUAGAACUGUUGAGCAGUAAAAUAAAAUAUACUUAACACAAGCUAGAUUGAAACACUGCACAUCCAGACUAAUUCACACUUGUGUGCCUGGGGCUAGUUGCACCACUGGCAAAUAACAUUGGCAGCCCAGAACUCUAUUCUGGGCUAUCUAAUCUAAUUUAUGUGCAGAUUUUACUCUGUUGUUAGCACAAGUCUUGGGUGUUCCUUCCCUUCAGCCCUCCCACCUCCUGAUCCCAUUGUUUAAAUGUUUUAUAGUAGAUAUGUGCAAUUCAGCCGAAGUUUGGCAAUUCGGACAUUCGGAUGCUUCCGAAUGUCUGAAUUUUCGGAGUGCCGAAUUUCGGAAGCGCCGAACCGAAUUUCUGAAGUAGCGAAUUUCUGAAGUGCUUUGGAUUUCUGAAAAGUGGCAAAACAGGAGAGGGAGAGAAAAUUAAGGGAAUGAUGACAGGAAUCUAACCCUUAAGCCUACUUCUAACCCUAGCCCUAAUCCCACCCCUAUCCCUAACCUAAGAGUAGGGCUAAGUUUAUGGAGUUCGGGUUAAUGUUAGGAGCUAGGGGUGGAGUUAGGAUUAUGGUUAGGGUUAGGAGUAGGGUUAGGGAACUGCCGAAGUCCCGAAUUUCGGAAGUGCAAAACCAAACCGAAGUGCCGAAGUUUCGGACUGAACAGAAUUGCCGAAGUCACGAAUUUCGGAAGUCCGAACUGAACCAAAUUUUUUGCCCAUUCACAUCCCUAUUUUACAGCCUCCUCCCCAAUCCAUCUCCCAGUCCUCUUGCCGGCUCAGAGUGCAUGCACAUGGACUCUGAUCUGGCUAAAAACAAAUGGUAUUGAGUGAAAAACAAUAUAAUUUACUAAUGCAAUUUCUGAUUAUUAUAGUACAGCAUUUAUAAAUACUGAUCAGCUCCAAUUAAUUAUGAACAGACUCUUAUUUAAAAAUACUGAUUUCUAAAAACACUUAUUGUAAUCCAACUUUUGUAAAUAUAUAUAUUUGGGCAUUAAGUCAAAACACUGCACAUCCAGACUCCUACCACCAUGACCACUUCAAAAAGCAGUGGUCAUGGGUGCAGGAGCAACCGUUGUUGGAGUAUUAUUGCUGUUGAGCUUUAUAUACACUCAGGCACACCAACAAUAUGGAGCUCUUAGAAAAGAGUGAUAUUAGCACAGAAAAGAGGAACAGAGGAAUUUGGUCCCAAAAUAGGUGAGGUAUAUAUAACUAAAAAAGAGUUGUAAUGAGAAUGGGCAAAGUGUUAAGACUUUCUUAUUCAUGUUGAUUUCUUUUCCUUAAGGUCUCCUUCAAAUCAUGAAGCGCAUUUCCAGACAUCAUCUGGAUGUGCACCAGUUUCCAUGUCUUCUGUGGCUGUUUCGAAGAUGUCGCCCUCCUUCUACAGGUCCUGAUGCUCUUCCUAAAGGGAAACUACGCUUUCGCUCCAAGCCAGGUGCCUUUGUAUUCCUGGGGAUAUUUCUUGUCCUAGUAGGGCUAACAGUGGCUGUGUUUGGCUACUGGUCCCACAAACCUGAUGGUCCAUCUCCCUCAGCCCCACCACAACCACCUCCAAAACCAUAUGCAGAGAGGCUGAAGCUCAUUGGCCCAGUCAUUAUGGGGGUAGGAUUGUUUUUGUUUAUAUGUGCUAAUACACUUCUCUAUGAAAACCGGGACACAGAGACAAGGCAACUUCUUCAAAACCUGGUUGCUACUCAGGGGCCAAAUCACGGGGUAGAAAUUCCAUCACAGAAUACCUGGGGUGAAAGUUCAGGGGAAUUAGAUAACAGGCGGAACAUAUUAAUAAGAGCACAGUUACUCUGUCCUCCAAUUAAUGAUCUAUCUGGUUCCCUGGUGAGCAUCCACUCGGAUCCAUGCAUUUCCUCUUUACCCCAGGGGGCAGACACAUGGAUUCUCAAGGAAGAAGCAGUAGAGAGAGGUUAUAGCUCUGAAAUGAAGCUAAAUAUGGUACAGAACGGAUCUCUGGAGGUUCCACACAGAGGAACAAAGUGUAGGAGUUGGCCAAGGAUGGAGAGAGCCGAAAAUGGGUACAUAAAGCUGGACAAUGCCACCGAGACAGAAUUAGAGGAGACAACUGAAAGCAGCCAAGAGACUGUGCCUGAGACAACAUAAUCUAGAACUACAGAAUAUGUUUUGCUCCAUCUGAAUAUUACAAAGUUACCAUAAAGUGACGUGACUUGGAUUGUUAUUUGUCAGUCACAUGGCACAGAAACAAAAUAUUUAUGGGAUACAAAGUUUGCUCAUCUCAUCACUGGGUUUCACAGUGGAACUAAAAAUCAAACAGCUGUAUCAUCUGAUUGUACAGACAUGAACAGUGUCGUAGGAGAUGCAUUUGACCUCUAAACCAUAAUAUUUUAAGAUUUAUUUUUUUGUCAACCAGUUCAGCAUAUAAACUUAAAUGGAUUACAAUAAAUGGAUGCAUCAUAAUAAUUUGCAAAUCAUGAUUUUUAUCUCAGAAAAAGUUGUGCUCCCUUUUGCCUAGGGCACUGUGGGAUCUUAAUCCUUCUCUGCCCUGCAUGCCCAAUAUGCACCUGGUAAUGACACUGCCACAGGUGGAAUUACAUCUCCAAAGCACCUUCAGAUAUCUCUAUAUAUGUAAACUGAAAUUAGCACCCUGAGCACUUCAUAUCGCUGAUGAGGUUAUGAUGCUUAGAGUAAGCCUAUAAUUUAUACAUUGUGCUAAUCAAAUAGCAAUACAACUCCCCAACAGUCUCAAGCCUAAUAAAGCUUCACUGCAUUAUUAAUUACAUGAGCGCAUUUCUACUAAAGGACAGUGCAUUUUGGAAGUGUGAUAUAUCCUCCUUUUUGAGCAUACCUUCCACCAAUUACAUGAGUACUGGUCAGCCACACCCCUUUCCAUCCCAGUAUCAUACUUUCCAAUGAUUUUUUUUUUUUUUUUUACAAUCUUUAUUUUGGAUUUUCAUUUUUGUUUGACAAGACAAUGUUGUACAUUUAUGAGAAAGUGAAAUUGAAGAGUUUACAUACAGGUAUUAAGUGAACCAGUAGCAUAACAUAUCAACUUCCCAUACUUAUGCUAUUGCUCAUGAGUUAAGUGGUUUUUGGGUUCAACUUUGUGCACUGUGGAUGCUGAUUCCUACUUUAAGAUCAUGGCCUUCUCCAUGUGUGUUUGCUUAAGGUGUCUCAGUGCUGUUGUAUCAAUGGGAUAGGUGUAAUGAUUGGAAAAGCUAGGUAGGACACGAGGUGGAGUAGAAAAGUAAAAUAGGAGUAGGAAGAGUGAAGGAAUAGAAAAGAAAAA